AAAUAGACAUCUCCCAUUUAUGUUACCUGUCUAUCUCCUGCAGACAUUUGAGUUUGCCACCUCUGUAAUAUAAGGAAAAAUUAAUGUAGGGGCUGAGAGCAUUGACGUAGGAGUGAGGAAGACCUGAGCUUGAAAGCUGGCUCCACCCCUCACUGUGUGACCUUGGCAAAUUACCCACCUUCUCUGUGCUUCAGUUUCCUCAUACAUAAAAUAGAGGAAAUUAUAGUACCUACCUCAGAAAGUGGUGAACAGAGACAACGAAAUGAAGGAUAAGAAGUGCUUAGCGAGCACCUGGCACAUAAUGUCAGCUACCACUAGUGCCGAACACAAAAGAGAGGACCCGUCUCCAACGUGAGCCUUGAAGGAUGUGCAGGAUUUCCGUGUGAGAUGAGGAGAGAGGGCAUGCUUCACACAGAGAAAGAUCUCAGAAAGGACUGAACCAAAGACAAGUAACCUGCUCCAGUGGCCAGAACAGAGGCUUCACAACAAUGCUGAAUGAUUUUCAAAGUCAGGCCGAGACCUAUCCCAUAAAUAAGUGUAUGACAAAACAGACUAUAUUAUAGAUUUAGCCAAUAACAAUGGAAUAGGACAUUAAAUAACUGAAUCAAAAGGUGACAAAGUUAUUCACCUUCAAUUCUUUUUCAAACUUCCCAAUUAGGAGAGCUUGUGUUUGAUGCUCAUUUUGAGCACCUUUCUGAUCAUACAUGCCAAUCUCCAAUUUUAGAGAAACGAGAUAUCAGGUUUAAAGGCUCCCUAGCAACAACAGCUAGCUACAGCCUGUUCAGUUUUGCUUCUCCCUAAGUUUUACUUUUACACUUACAGCAAGUGACGCUGAUUUUAUCUUAACACUUAGAGCAAGUGACACUGGUUUUCAUAAAUGGAGUAAUAAAGUUUCCUUGUAAAAUGUGAAAUCAUAAUUAAAAUAAAUGAGACAAUUUAGAGAAAAACGUCAAGUAAACAAGAGUACAGGUACUAUGUGGAAGUGGCAAGAACUGUGAAGCUUGAGCAGCUUCGUGCUGUGUCGUGGGUGUGAAACGAACCCAAGGCAGCGACAAGGCCAGACCGUGAGGGAAGAGCCGCCUCCACCGGCACUACCUCCAGGCGCGGCACCUCCCUUUGCCGCUCUCCAACCCUCAGGCGUUUCGCCAACCGCCAAGGGGCGGGAGGGUGACCCUGCAGUCUCCCAGGCCGGGGUUCAGUGCCCUCGGCCCAGGCAGCAAGCUCGCUGCCACCCUCAAACACGCUGCAGUGGCUCGCGCAGUCCCCGCUUUUCGCGGACCGCCCGGCUUCUCACCAGUGCUCGGCUUUAUCUCUCCACGUCAACACGGCCCUCAUCGCGGCUUCCCUUACGCCUCGGGCUCCUCCUCUCCGCCUCAGCGUCUGUCUCAGCAACCGCCUCACUAACGGUAGCCACGCCACAAGCCACUUUGGCUACCUGCGUUACCCCUGGCAACGUACAUGCGCGGUAAGCUGAGCGGGAGGUCGCCUUCCUCCGAGUGCGCAUGUCCGAAAGGCAAAACGGGAAAAGCUGCAAAAGCUAGGGUGGAACUGGAGCCCCUAAGGCAUCAGCGCAACCAGAGCGCGCGCGAUUGGUUGGGGUUUGUGGGGGCGGUGCGCCUUCCUCGACAAUGGAUUUGAUUGGUGGAGCGUGGAAAUGGCGGCUGUAGCCGAGGGGGCGGCCGAAAAGCAGGGGCGGCCGAAAAGCAGCGGCGGCGUCUGGGCCACUUUCGCAACAUUCAAACCUCGGUUGCAGCCCGGUGCCGUGAGCUGAGGUUUCACGUCUUACUCCGCCCCACACCCAGGGCUUCGCAGCGCUGGGCUCGUUGCUGCAGCCGGAGCCUGCUCGAUGGGCACGACUGGGUUGGAGAGUCUGAACUUGGGGGACCGCGGAGCUGCCCCCACCGUCACCUCUAGUGAGCGCCUAGUCCCAGAUCCGCCGAGUGACCUCCGCAAAGAAGAUGUUGCUGUGGAAUUGGAAAGAGUGGAAGAAGAUGAGGAACAAAUGAUGAUAAAAAGAAGCAGUGAUUGUAAUCCCCUGCUAUUAGAACCCAUCGCUUCUGCUCAGUUUGGUGGUACUGCAGGGACAGAAUGCCAUAAGUCUGUCCCGUGUGGAUGGGAAAGAGUUGUGAAGCAAAGGUUAUUUGGGAAGACAGCAGGAAGAUUUGAUGUGUACUUUAUCAGCCCACAAGGACUGAAGUUCAGAUCCAAAAGUUCACUUGCUAAUUAUCUUCACAAAAAUGGAGAGACUUCUCUUAAGCCAGAAGAUUUUGAUUUUACUGUACUUUCUAAAAGGGGUACCAAGUCAAGAUACAAAGACUGCAGCAUGGCAGCCCUGACAUCCCACCUACAAAACCAAAGUAACAAUUCAAACCGGAACCUCAGGACCCGAAGCAAGUGCAAAAAGGAUGUGUUUAUGCCGCCAAGUAGUAGUUCAGAGUUGCCGGAUAGCAGAGGACUCUCUAACUUUACUUCCACUCAUUUGCUUUUGAAAGAAGAUGAGGGUGUUGAUGAUGUUAACUUCAGAAAGGUUAGAAAACCCAAAGGAAAGGUGACUAUUUUGAAAGGAAUCCCAAUUAAGAAAACUAAAAAAAGAUGUAGGAAGAGCUAUUCAGGUUUUGUUCAAAGUGAUAGCAAAAGAGAAUCUGUGUGUAAUAAAGCAGAUGCUGAAAGUGAGCCUGUUGCACAAGAAAGUCAGCUUGACGGAACUGUCUGCAUUUUUGAUGCUGGAGCAUGUGGUGAGGCCCUCAGUGUGACCAGUGAAGAAAAGAGGCUUGUAAAAGACAGAUCGUUGAGUUCAGGAUCAAAUUUUUGUUUUGAACAAAAAACUUCCGGCAUCAUAAACAAAUUAUGUUCAGCCAGAGAUGCAGAACACAAUGAGAAGUAUGAGGAUACCUUUUUAGAAACUGAAGAAACUGGAACAAAAGUAGAAGAAGUUGCAGAAAAGAAGGAACAUUUGCAUACUGACAUUUUAAAACGUGGCUCUGAAAUGGACAACUGCUCACCAAGCAAGAAAGACUUUACUGGUGAGAAAAUAUUUCAAGCUAUCCAUGUUCACUUUUCCUUUUCAGAAGAUAUCAUCCCACGAACACAGAUAGAAAGAAGGAAAACAAGCCUGUAUUUUUCCAGCAAGUAUAACAAAGAAGCUCCUAGCCCCCCACGACGUAAAGCCUUUAAGAAGUGGACGCCUCCUCGGUCACCUUUUAAUCUCAUUCAAGAAACACUUUUUCACGAUCCAUGGAAGCUUCUCAUCGCUACUAUAUUUCUCAAUCGGACCUCAGGUAAAAUGGCAAUACCUGUGCUCUGGAAGUUUCUGGAGAAGUAUCCUUCAGCUGAGGUAGCAAGAACCGCAGACUGGAGAGAUGUGUCAGAACUUCUUAAACCUCUUGGUCUCUACGAUCUUCGGGCAAAAACCAUUGUCAAGUUCUCAGAUGAAUACCUGACAAAGCAGUGGAAGUAUCCGAUUGAGCUUCAUGGGAUUGGUAAAUAUGGCAACGACUCUUACCGAAUUUUUUGUGUCAAUGAGUGGAAGCAGGUGCACCCUGAAGACCACAAAUUAAAUAAAUACCAUGACUGGCUUUGGGAAAAUCAUGAAAAAUUAAGUCUGUCUUAAACUCUGCAGUUUUCAAGCUCAUCUGUUAUGCAUAGCUUUGCACUUCAAAAAAGCUUCAUUAAGUACAACCAACCACCUUUCCAGCCAUAUAGAUUUUAAUUAGCCCAACUAGGAGCCCAGUGUGUGUGCUUUCUUAAUGUGUGUGCCAAUGGUGGAUCUUUGCUACUGAAUGUGUUUGAAUAUAUUUUGAGAUUAUUUUUAAAUAAAUUAUUAUUUGACAACAAUCCAAAAAAAGUGUGUGGCUUUUCCAAAAAUGAAAUAUAAUCAGAAGAUAAAAAGUACAUCUAAACUAUCAAUAACACAAAGCAAAUUUCUAUCAACCUUGCUAAAGCUAGGGGCCCACUAAAUAUUUUUAUUGGCCAGGUGUGGUGGUGCACGCCUAUAGUCUCAGAAGGCUGAGGCAGGAGGAUCAUUUGAGCUCAUGAGGGCCCAGGAGCUCAAGGCUUCAGUGAGCCGUGAUCAUGCCACUGCACUCCAGUUUGGAUGACAGAGACCCUGUCUCAAAAAAUAUAUAUUUAAAAAAAAAAAAAAAGCUAACCCCAAAG